GCCUUAUCAUUGGUUCAACAAAUAUACUUUUAUCAACUUCCUGCAAGUGACCUUCCUGUAUCCGUCAUGGCGAGCUCUCGUUGGACACAGUUGGUACGCCAAUUUAGCUCAUCUACUUCAAGAGCUGGGAAACUUGUACAGGCACCAAUUCAGCUUUAUGGUGUUGAAGGACGAUAUGCAACUGCCCUCUACUCAGCAGCUACUAAGCAAUCAAAACUUGAAGCUGUAGAGAAAGAGUUAUCAUCUCUUCAAACUGAGUUGCAAAAAAAUUCCAAACUUUUAGAAUUUCUUGCUGAUCCUUCUCAGAAGAAAAAUCAAAAGAGAGAGACCAUAGAAGGCUGGAUGAAACAGAGAAGCUUUUCUGAUUUAACCAUGAAUUUGUUUGUUACCAUGGCAGAAAAUGGAAGAAUGAACAAAACCCAACAAGUUCUUUCAUCCUUCAGUAAACUUAUGAGUGCACACAGGGGUGAAGUAACUUGCUCUGUUGUCACUGCAAAGCCUUUGGAUGAGGAAAGUUCUAAGGAGUUAAAAGCUGCAUUGCAGGGAUUUUUGAAGAAGGGGCAGACUUUACAAUUAUUCACACAGGUUGAUCCAUCCUUGAUUGGAGGCAUGACUGUCACAAUUGGUGAUAGGUUUGUGGAUAUGUCCAUGAAAUCUAGGAUUAAAACUUACACCAAUCUAAUAAAGGCUGCUGUUUAAAAUAAUUUAUAGACGUAUUGUCAUUUAUGUUCUGUGGUGGUCAAGUGAGGCAGAACAUGAACUCAUUCAUUAUAAAAGUAGUGCUGCACAAGACCUACCAGUGAAUUCUGUAGAUGAGGUUGGAAAUUUAGAGAGAAACAAAAUGGAAUAAUUAAAAUAAUUAAAAUUGUAUCUUAAAAGUA